AUGGCAAAACUCACUGAUGAUGCCGACUACGAUGCCGGCGAAACGUUCGAGAAUGUACCAAAUCCAAUGUCUGAUGCUGGGAAUUAUGACAACCACUAUGGCAGACGACUUCGGACU